ACGUCUCCAUGAUGCUCAUGUCAUCCCUUUUUCGGUGACACUAGACAAGAUUGCUCACAGUCACAGAACAGAGUUGUUUCAUUUGAAAGCGGAUGUUUCUUUCUCCUGUAAUACUGUAUUCUUCAUCUAGUGUAGGUAAUUAGGAUACCUGGUGAAUACUGAUAGAAUAAAUAAAUAUUGUGUAAUUUAUUUAUGUCAUUAUUAUUUACCUGUAAUUAGGCUUAGAUUCCUCUGUAAUUACUAGCCUAGGUCAACUCUCUUGUAUCUAUAUAUAGAGUGCAUUUUAUCAAUGAAAAUCACGAAUUCCAAUUAUCUUACAUGGUAUCAGCAGUUCCAAAGAUCCUAACCUAAUUUCUUUUCUUUUUCUGAGUCGUUUCCCUCCUUUCUUUCCCUACAGCAGCCGCUCCUUUCCCUCUCUCUUCUUUCCCACCGUCGGCCGCUGCCUCCACCGCGCCGCCCGCCGCCGCUCCUCUCUUCCAGAGCCGCCGCCGGCCGCUCGCACCACCACUGCGAGCCCAAGCACACUGGAUCUCUCCCCCGCCGCACUUCCCUCUUGUGCCUGCGUGAGGACCCGCGUCCCGAGCCGCCUCUAGCGCUGCCGGACUCAGCCUCCCUCUCCGCUGCUCUCCUGCUCGCGCCCGCCGCCGGAAGCCACCUUCCCUUGCACCGCCGGAGCGCCGCUCCAGAUCCCCUCCAUUGGUGUUCCAGACGCGUGGGUUUGCAACCAUCCACAACCCGACCCGUGUUUUGCACCCACACUAGCGAACUGGUUCGACCAGACCACCCCUCCUCGGUUCGUUUGGACCCGGUUCAACCACCAGUUAUUUAAAAACAAAACAAAAAAAACAAAACAAAAAAAACAAAAAAACUAGCAGCAUGUCUUCCACCUCCGAUGACGGUAGCAAUGCGACUCCUCCUCCCAGGGCCGAUCUUGCCCCACCCACUCCAACUCCUGCAAAGCCGGAUUUUCAUCCUGCCCUUGUUGUUUCCAACAUCAGGAAUCAUAUUCCUCUUGUAUUGGAUAUGGAGACUGGUCGCUAUGGCACGUGGGCGGAACUUUUUCGCAUUCAUGCCCGCUCCCAUCGGGUUCUACAUCAUAUUGUUCCAUCCACAGACAAACCACCACCAGCCGUCACUGACCCACCUUUGAUCAGUGGGCUACUUUGGAUUCCAUCGUCCUGCAGUGGAUCUAUUCCACCAUUUCCCUCGACUUGCUCUCCACGGUCAUGGAACCCAAUUCCACAGCUUUGGCCGCUUGGCAGCGUUUGACUGAUAUCUUCCACGACAAUCAGAAUGCACGUGCCGUAGCUUUGGAGCAGGAAUUCUCCGGUGUCCGUAUGGAGACUUUUCCGAAUGUCACUGCUUAUUGUCAACGUCUGAAGACGCUUUCUGACCAGCUCCGGGAUGUGGGUGCUCCUGUGAACAAUCAUCGUCUAGUCUUGCAGCUUAUUUCUGGUCUUACUGAUGCCUACAAGGGCGUUGCUACAUUGAUUCGCCAGAGCAAUCCGCUUCCCACUUUUCAUCAUGCUCGCUCCAUGCUUACCCUAGAGGAAGCAGGUUUGGCUAAGAUGAGGCCCAUUGAGCCUCCUGCUGCCUAUGUUGCUACUCAGUCGCGUGCCUCUGAUGUCUCCUCCCAGAGUUCUGAUCGUCGGUCCUCCAACCGUUCUCGCACUUCUAAGGGUCGUGGUGGGAAUCGCGGCAACGGUGGUGGCUCCCGCAGUGGCACCUCUCAGGGCUCCUCUCCUCCGAUGCCACCUCAGCCACCGUACUACCCGUACCAGCAUUGGGGAUGGGCCCCACCUCCUUGGGUUGUGCCUCCGUGCCCAUACCCAACCUCUCAAUGGACUCGUCCCUCUGCUCCUCCACGACAACCAGGCAUUCUAGGCCCGCGUCCUCAGGCUUAUGCUGCUUCAGCCUCACCCGUGCCCAUUGACAUUGCCCCUGCCAUGCACACUAUGACGCUUGCUCCUCCAGACAGCACUUGGUACAUGGACACUGGAGCAUCAUCUCAUGUCGCGGCUUCACAAGACGGGGAUUCCACUCAUGAGAUGUAACAGUCUUGGCGACCUAUACCCUGUCACUUCGUCCCUUCCAUUUGCUGGUCUAGCUCAGAGUCUCUGGCAUAGUCGUCUUGGCCAUCCCAGUUCUUCUGCCUUGCAGUCUCUUCGUAGUAAUAAGUUCAUUAGUUAUGAGCAUUUGAAUUCUAGCACAGUUUGUGAGUCUUGUGUGUUUGGCAAACAUGUUAGGUUGCCAUUUGUUUCUUCUAAUAAUGUUACUGUGAUGCCUUUUGACAUUUUACACAGUGACUUAUGGACUUCGCCUGUUUUAUCUUC